AUGGAAAUUCUAAGAGCAAAGUGUAUCUGCUCUUGUAGCUUUGUUGGCUUCAAUAGAGUAUUCAAAGCAGUAUUCAUUUUCUUUUUGUUUCCAAUUUUCUUGAAUGCGGAUUAUAGAGCACCUCCUAUAAUCUCAAAAACGACUUAUAUCCAUGCCUGGAAUUCUCCAAGUGACUACUGUUUAACUAAAUUUGAAAUUUCUCUGGAUCUGAGCUUCUAUUCAUUAAUAGGAAACCCCCAAGAAGAUGCCAUUAGUCAAAAUGUUACCUUAUUUUACAUCAAUAAACUUGGUCUCUAUCCACACAUAGACCUAAAAAACAAAACUGAAAUACUUGGAGGAAUUCCUCAGCUGGGAAAUCUAACAGCCCAUUUGGAGAAGGCUAAGGAAGACAUUCUGAAAUACAUGCCAAAAGACCAAUUAGGUUUGGCUGUCAUUGACUGGGAAGAGUGGAGACCUCUUUGGAUAAGAAACUGGGGAAGCAAGAACAUUUACAGGAAUAAAUCAAUUGAUUUUGUUAAGAAAAGUAACCCAAAUUUUAGUACUGCAGAAGUGGCCUGUCAAACCCAAAAUGAAUUUGAAAAUGCAGGAAAGGAAUUCAUGUUGCAGACUUUGGAACUAGGACAGUUACUUCGACCAAAUAACUAUUGGGGUUUUUACCUUUUUCCUGAUUGUUAUAAUCAUGACUAUUUAAAAGGUGAUGUGUACACUGGAAAUUGCCCUAAAAUAGAGAAGGAGAGAAAUAAUUUGCUAGACUGGUUGUGGAACAAAAGCACUGCUCUUUAUCCAUCCAUUUAUUUGAAUACACAUUUAAAAUCAACUAUAAAGGCUGCACUAUUUUCCCGUAAUCGUAUUAUGGAAGCCAUUCGGCUUUCUAAAGUACGGGAUCCUGAAAACCCACUACCUGUUUUUGUAUAUGUACGUCCUGUUUUUACUGAUCAAACCACAGAAUUUCUUUCUGAGCUUGACCUUGUGAAUACAAUUGGUGAAAGUUAUGCUCUUGGGGUCUCUGGGAUUGUAAUAUGGACAAGCUUCAAUUUAGUCAAUUCUAAGGAAGCAUGCAAUAAACUACAAAACUACAUGGAAACUGUUUUGAAUCCUUACUUACUCAAUGUCAGCCUAGCAGCCAAAAUAUGUAACCAAGUGCUUUGCCAAGACGAAGGAAUAUGUAUAAGGAAAAACUGGAACUCAGAUGAUUAUCUUCAUCUGAACCCAGAUACUUUUAAGAUUGAGGUUGGGGAAGAUAAAGAAUAUCAAGUUCUUGGGAAACCUAUAGUUCAAGAUCUGAAUAAAUUUGCUGAAAAUUUUCAUUGCAGUUGUUAUUCCAACACGAAUUGUACAAAGAAUGUUGAUGUAACUAGAACUGUUAAUUUUAAUGUAUGUGUUGCCAAUGUUUGUAUAAAAUCUUCCUAG